UUUCGUCUGCCCCCAAAGAUUUUAAUGCAAAACCUUUUAAUUUAUUACUCUCGACUCGACUCGACUCGACUCAACUCAACUCAUACCUGCUCUUUUUUUAAACUCUACUCUAUACUCUCUCUUUCUCUCUCUCUCUCAUCUCAGUCUCCUGUUUGACCAACCUGUACCUGUACCCCACUCUCCCACCAUUAAUUUAUUUUCAUUUUUGUUAGGUCCUUCCUUCAUUCUUGGUUUCAGUUCUGAUUGUGGUUUUGCACUUCGUACAUUGCUGCUUUGGCCCUUGUGAAUUCAGAUCUCUCAGCACAUUGCCAUUGUGCUGAAGAAAAGGGAAAAAUUUGAGCUUGGUUCGUUGUGGAAAUGGCUUUCUUUGUUAGAUGGGAUGUGGUGAGAAGAUUGAUUGAAAUUUGAAAGGUUGCCCAUUUGAAAGAAGCUGUUCUUUUAUACUGUUUUCGUCUCUGUUGUUGAUUUUGGAAAGUGGGUUUCUACAACCGAGGAAAAAGAUUUGAGCUUGGAGUCUGGAAAAUGGGUUUUGCAGAUUUAUGGAGUUUUUACUAGAGUUUGACUGAAAUGACUCGAGUUGUUUUAGGUUUUUAAAAAGGAAAGCAUGGAAGUUGAGAAAAAACGUUCAAAGGGGGGUUUUCUUAACUUGUUUGAUUGGAAUGGGAAAUCUCGUAAGAAGCUUUUCACAAACAACUUGGAAGAGUUACCUGGUUCACAAGUGUCAAAACAAGGAAAAGAAGACGAGGAGAAUCUCCCCAAGUCGACCGUCUACAAGGUAGAUGUUGUUGAGAAUGAAGCAAGUUCGAGUACUAAAGGUAGUAAUGACUGGACUUCUGCUUCAUGGGCAACUAGUGAUGAUGGAGGUGGGAGCAGAGCCCCUAGUGUAGUUGCUAGACUUAUGGGUUUAGAUUCAUUGCCAAGUUCAAAUGUCGCUGAGCCCUCUAGUUCUGCCCCAUUGUCGAACGUGUGCUUGCUUAGAGCAGCUCAUCAUGACAGGACUAAUUUAUGGAAUGAUUUUUAUUCCAUGGAGGGUGGAUAUGUGCCCAAGCAUGAUACGUUUUCUAGGAACCCUGUAGAAUCUAGGUUGCAGAGGCAGCAGAACCGACCAAUUGAGAGGUUUCGAACUGAAGUUCUACCUCCAAAAUCUGCUAAAUCAAUUCCGUUUACUCACCAUAAGCUGUUGUCACCUAUAAAAAAUCCUGGGUUCAUUCCAACAAAAAAUGCGACUUAUAUUAUGGAAGCAGCUGCAAAGAUAAUUGAGGCGAGUCCCAGGGCAUCUUCAAAGAGCAAAAUGACCAGCAUAGGGGCUUCUUCAGUUCCCUUGAGAAUUCGGGAUUUAAAAGAGAAGAUGGAAGCUGCAAAUAAAGCAUCUGAUUCUGAAAAUCCCAGGGAGACCAGCUCUUUAAAGUUUAAUAAAGCACAGUAUAUGAAUAAGACUACAAGUGGUUCAGAAUAUGUGCUAGUAACUCGAGCUUCUAUGGAUUCCGAAAAACGGAAUUUUAACAACUCCAGAGACAAGGGAAGAUCAGUAUCACUUGCCCAACAAGCAAAGACCAAUGUUCAGAGAAGGGAGGGGUCAACUUCUUGUGGCAAUAAGAACUCUAUGAAACUGAAGGAACAUAAGGAAGUGAAGUCAAGCCAGUUACACAAGUGCCAAUCUAGCUUGCAUAGAUCUUCACAGAAAAGAAAUUCUGCACAGAGCAGUAACAAUGUGCUCAGGCAGAAUAACCAGAAACAGAACUCUGUCUCUAAUAAAGAUAAGUUGACAGAAAAAGGUUCGGUUUCCAAUCAUUCAGCCAGAAGAACUAGGUCUUCUAAUUGUUCAAUUGAUUCAAAUAAGACUGUGAAUAAGGUUGCAGUAAACUCCAAAACUGGAUCCAGAAAGAUGGGCUCUGUGGCAACUGCUACCCAGAGAGAUACUUCAUCAUCCACAGUUAAAAAUUUCUCCCGGAAGAAAAGGUCUGUUUGUCAGGAUGCUAAUUUAGAAGAUUCUCUUGCAGAUAAUUCACCAAUCAGUGAAGGGGAAAGGUCUAUAAAGUGCAAUGUCACUAUGGAUUCCUGCCCCAGUAUGAGUGCAGAUAACAGAAAGCAGGGCAUGGAUGUAAUUUCAUUCACAUUUAACUCUCCCCUGAAAAAAUCCCCAAGUGAAUCCUGGUCAUGUGGUCAAGUCAUGAUGGAGAAGAGAUUUGGUAUUAACUCUAUCAAUGACAAAGAUCCUGAUCUCUACUCAAAAAGCUUCACAUUAUCUUCCCCUGGAUUGAAUGUGAUAGGAGCUGAUUCCUUGAGUGUACUUUUGGAACAGAAGCUUCAGGAACUAGCAUCUAAAGUUCAAUCAUAUCAGUCGAACCUUGUCAGAGAGGAGAGUUCUGCUAGUUGUGCAUCUGGGUCUCAAGAUUUCAAUUUGCCAAGCACCACAUCAAGAGGCAAGCAAUUUCAAAGGGAUGGCACAUACAACUGUGGUUCUCCUUCUGUUGAUGGCCCAAAGAAUAAUAUGAACCAGCAAUGGCAGGGAUUUGAAAGGAUGGAAGAGCCUAGUGUAAGCAGCAACAACCAUGCAAUUGGAAGACGAUUAGAUUAUCAAGAUCUUAGUCCGGAAUCAAGUUGCGAAUACUCAUUCGAAAGUGGAAGUUCUGCAGAUAACCGAAGCAGUGCCAGAGGAAGCAAGGGAUACCCAUUAGCUGAAGUUCAAACCUCAGCAUAUGGCGAGACAGAAUCGUCUGACUCAAUCUCUUUUAGUUCCACAAGGAAUGUCAGUGGAAAGCAAAUGACUGGAAGAUUUGGUUGUAUAGACUAUGAUAGACCAAGCAACUGGGAACUGGAGUAUGUGAGAGACAUACUCAACAAUGCUGAAUUAGCACUGGAAGAUUUUGCAUUGGGUGAUGCUAACAAGGUCAUCUCCCCAACUCUAUUUGAUGAACUCGAGAAUGAAGAAAAUUUUACAGAAAGGAAUGAAGAAGAGUGUUCAAAGCUUGGACGAAAGGUUUUGUUUGAUUGUGUAAAUGAAUCCCUGGAAUUGCGAAGCCAGCAAAUGUUCAUUGGAACAUGCUCUAGAAAAGGUAGGCUGGCUCCAAGGAAGGAAUGGUUGGCUGAGGAAAUUCAUGAAGAGAUUUCGGGUUGGAAAGAUAUGGCGGACUUGAUGGUGGAUGACCUUGUGGACAAAGACAUGAGCACAGGGAUUGGAAGAUGGCUUGAUUUUGACAAUGAAGCAUUUGAGGAAGGUGUAGAGGUUGAAAAGGGAGUGUUAACCUCCUUGUUAGAUGAGUUGGUUUCUGAUUUAAUGGUCUUUUAAUCUCCCCCUAUUGGUGUUCUUAAACUUAAACUCCAAUGGGGGCAGCUUGCAUCAAGUUGAAAGUCUCAACUGAUUGCUCUUGUAUUACUUUCCAUGUUAUCUAGUUUCAGUACAAUAUUUUCCCUUCAAAAUUAAUUUAAUCCAAAGUGGCACAUUGGUCCCCAA